AUGCAUUGUGACUCACAAGCUGCAAUUGGGGUAGCGAACAAUCAAUCCUAUAAUGGAAAAAGGAGGCACAUUCGCGUGAGGCAUGCAAUUGUUAGAGAUCUGAUCAGAAAUAAUGUGAUAUCACUUGAGUAUGUAAAGUCGGAGAGGAAUAUUGCAGAUCCUCUCACCAAAGGCCUUUGUAAGAAAAUGGUGUAUGAGUCAGCACAAGGAAUGGGUUUAAAGCCUAUUCAGGAAUACAAAUUGUGGGAUGAUUUGAUUAGAAUCAGGGAUAUAAUCUAUUUUCCUUGGCUUGUGUGUGGGGAUUUCAAUAAUCCUUUGAAUCUUAGGGAUAAAUUGGGGGCUCCCAUUUCUUCUACUGGAAUUGAGGGUUUCAAGAAUUAUGCUGCCAUUUGUGGUCUUUCUGAUAUCAAAUAUGAUGGCUAUUUUUUUACUUGGAAUAAUAAGCAAAGUGGUGGUGAUAGGGUCUUUAAAACUUCCCCUCGUGUAAGAAGACUUUUAGGUACUUCAGCAUGUGGGGUCUUGUAUAGGGACAACUUCAGUGAUAUUCAGAGGGUUGAUAAUGAGGCUUUGUUUCAUCUAAGGGAAUUCCAAGAGAAGCUUCAUGCUUCUUCUGGGGAUCCUUCUCUAUCUUCUCUUGAGUCUACUGCUGCUGGGAGCUAUAGAGUUUCCCAUACUGCUUUCCUUAGUUUCUUGAGGAAAAAGAGUAAACUCCACUGGUUAAAAGAUGGUGAUGCUAACACUAGCUUUUUUCAUCAAAGCAUUAGGAUGAGAAGGAAAUUUAAUAGCAUCCAUUCCAUCCAGGAUGAAAAUGGAAUAUGUAUUCAGUCCCCUGAUGGCUUUGUUGUUCCUGAUUCUAUGCAUGAUGUUCUAUGUGCCUCUUUCUCUGAUGUGGAGAUCCAGAAAGAUAUGUUCUCCAUUGAUGGGAAUAAAGCUCCUGAUCCUGAUGGUUUCUACAAGUCAAUUUUUCAAGGACUAUUGGCUUAUAUCUUGUUGCUCAAGUGCAUUUCAAAGCUUAUGUGCUCUAGAUUAAAGUUAUUUUUAUAUGAUGUUAUUUCUCCUGCUCAAGGGGCCUUUGUUGCUGGCAGGCAAAUUGUUUACAAUAUUUUAGUGUGCCAAGAUAUUGUUAAAAGGUACACAAGGAAUAUUGGGUCCCCUAAGUGUAUGAUUAAAAUCGAUCUCAGGAAAGCUUAUGAGUCAAUACUUUGGCCUUUUGUUGAGGAAAUGUUCCUUGCUCGUAAUUUCCCUAAGAAAAUGUGGGGUCUUAGGCAAGGGGAUACUCUCUCUCCCUUGUUGUUUGUUAUCUGUAUGGAGUAUUUGUCUAGAUUACUCAUUUUACAUGCUAAUGAGGUCAAGUCUUCUAUUUAUGUUGUGAAUGUAAAACCUGAUGUGUUAGAUGAUUUGGUUUAUCUGUCCAUAUUCAAGCUUGGUAAAUCGCCCUUCAAUUACCUUGGUGUUCCUAUUUCAUCUAAAAAGCUAAAUGUGAAGGAUUGUGAAAUUUUGGUUGAUAAAUUCACCUUAAGAGUGAGAUCUUGGGGUUCCAAAACUCUCUCAUAUGCUGGCAGGGUUCAACUUGUGCUUCUUUCAAUGCAUUCUUAUUGGGCUAGUAUCUUUAUCUUGCCUAAAGCCAUUUUGAGGAAAGUAGUGGACGUGUGUAGACAAUUUCUUUGGAACACUGCCUAUGUUGCUAAAUAUGUGUGGAAUGUUGCCUCAAAAGCUAAUUGUUUGUGGGUCAAGUGGUUGGAUCAUGUUUAUAUGCAAGGUGUUGAUUGGUGGAGCUAUUCUCCACCAAAAUCAACAAGUUGCUCCGGUUACAAAUGGUUGCAAGAUCCCUAUUCAAAGGUAAAUUGGGAUAGAUGGGUUUGGAAUAGGUUGAAUGUGCCUCGUCAUAGUUUCAUAUGCUGGUUAGCUGUUCUAGGAAGGUUGCGUACAACUACUAACCUGUUCACCAUUGGGGUCAGUGAUGAUGAUAAGUGCACCAUCUGCGCUCAACUUCCUGAGACCCACACUCAUCUCUUUUUUGAGUGUCCUUAUAGCAGGAACAUUAUUGGUUUGAUCAAGACUUGGUUGGGUAUCUCAUGCUCUAGUUUGCAGUUUAAUCAUCUUUACAGGUGGAUUGCUCGAUCUAGAAACUCUAAAUUCAAUAAAGCAACCAUGUAUGUCAGCCUUUGUGCUUGUUUAUAUCAAGUUUGGAUGGUGCGAAAUUAA